AUGCUACUUACCAUAAUUUUGAUGUUGUCAGUGGGUAUUGGAGUUGCAUACCCCUCAGGGCAUUUUUAAUAUUUUGAAGAUGAGACUUCUGAAGAAACAGCAUCCCGGGAUCUGAGGGAAACUGAUACUCAUCAAACAGUUGGACCUGCUAAGAUCUCAGGGCACUUCUUGAAAGGAGUAACCAAUCCAAUGUUAAGUGCAGGUCCUCAAAAGAGCACAUGGUGGUGGUUUCCGGACAGGACUUACUCAAAGAGGAGGCAGAAUUUGGCAUACUACAUUCUCAAUUCCUUAGGCCUUCGCUAUGGGAAGAGAGAGCAAAACAUGCUUGCAGGAUUUGAGCAGUGUACUGCAAACUUGGAUGGAGUGGGAGGAGUAGCUGCUAGCCCUACAGCACGUUGUUCUCCCAAGAUGUUGUUCUAG